CCAGUUCUUUUUGCUUUUAUCUUUCCAAAAAAAAUUUACAUGCACAAAAGACAAAACUCAUGGCGGUGCAUCUUUCCAUAUUCGAAAUGUAGUACAGCGAGGCCCCAUUUCUCGAUCGAUUUGUGCGUGUCAUGCUUCCCAGUUAGUGGUUUCGACUCCCAGACCGGCAUCAUUUGAGGACGACCAAGAAGACCACGUGGCGACGCAAUGGAACCUCUGUCAGGGAGCCGCAGCUGUGAGUCCAGUUAUGCGGGGAGUGCAUCCGGCGUGAUCGAUGGAUUGCUGCAGCGUAAUGGUGGGUUCGCGGUGCUGGAUGGCGGGAUGGCGACGGAACUAGAGCGGAGGGGUCAGAAUAUUGACGACCCCCUCUGGAGCGCGCGCUGCUUGAUCGACAACCCCGAUCUAAUUCGCGACAUACACCUUGAUUACCUGCGAUCGGGUUCAGAUAUCAUCAUCUCUAGUUCGUAUCAGGCCACAUUCCAGGGAUUUGAGAAAAGGGGCUACGGUAGGGAGCAAGCCAGAGAGUUGUUCCUGACGAGUGUGCGGCUCGCAGGCGAGGCGAGGGAGCAGUUUAUGAAAGAAACCCAUCACACCGACGACGGAGGAACUGACGUCAACUCGAACUCCGGUUCCAACCGUACUCCUAGUUCUGGUUCUAACGACUACGGGUUUAACGCAGGAACGAUAGGAAAAAAGCGAAACAGCAAAGAGGGGGAGAGCAAGAAGUUUUGCACUCAAUAUGGGAGAGAGGAGGCUGCAGAGCAGGAGGAGAAGGAGAGGCCCAGAAUGCCACUAGUGGCAGCAUCAGUAGGCAGCUAUGGUGCAUUCUUGGCCGAUGGUUCAGAAUACAGUGGAGAUUAUGGAGACGUGACGAUAGAAGAUUUGAUGGACUUUCAUAGGGACAGAAUUAUACUGCUGGCUACAUCGGGCGUCGAUCUUCUUGCACUAGAGACUAUACCCUCCCGGAUGGAGGCGGAGGCUUUAAUUCGUGUUCUGGAGGAGGAAGAUGUCCCCAUCCCGUCAUGGAUCACUUAUGUAUCGAUGGAUGGUGUGCACUCUGCCCGCGGCGAUCCCUUCGAAGAGUGCGUGGCUGUUGCAGAUCGGUGCAACAAAAUCGUGGCCGUCGGAUCGAACUGUGUAAGCCCCAGGUUUGUCCAGAGUUUGGUCACGAUCGCAAAGCAGGUCACGUCAAAGCCAAUCGUUGUCUAUCCCAACAGUGGAGAGGCUUGGGAUGAUGAUAAGAAGGAGUGGGUGGCCUCCACUGGCGUAUCAGAGGAGGACUUUGCCUCCUACGUUCCAGAGUGGAGGGACAAUGGUGCGAGUCUUUUUGGCGGUUGUUGCCGAACAACGCCUUCAACAAUUCGCGCGAUAGCUGCGGCAUUGAGAGCCUAACAAGUACAGGAGCGCCUUUCAGUCUGACUACGCCUCUGUCAGUCUGUCUGUCUUGUCUGGCUGGCUGUCUUCUCAGCCUAUAUUCCUGUUCGUCUGUCUUGUCUGUCUGUCUGUCUAUUAGUGUGUUCAUUUGUCUUUUCUGCCUGUCUGUGCGUCUGUUUGUCUGCCUGGUUGCCUAUCCAUCUGUUGAUCUGCAAGUCUGUCUGUCUUCUGUUUUCGAUCUUGUCUGUCCGUCAGUUCAUCAGUCUAUUUGUCUGUCUGUUUGUCAGUCAAUCUGUCUGCCUACCUCCCGGACUGUCUGUCUGUCUGUCUAUCUGUUUGCCUGAUCUGUUCCUGUCUGUCCAGAGUCUGUCUGUCUGUUUGUCAGACUGUCAGUAUCUGUUUGUCAGUCUGCCCGUCUGUCAGUCUGUGUGUUUGUCUGCUUGUUUAGCCGUUUCUUAGAAACGCACCAGUCUUAUAGCCGUUGUUCGUCCUUAGCAAGGGGCAAGGUCCCGCUUGCGGACAUCA